ACUAACGAAAAAAGUAAUGAAAAAAAAGAAGGCAAAAUGCUCCAAAAUUUCACGGUAAUCCCUCCAAAUUCACUUUCACGCUUAAUGCCUCCAAAAUAGUUUCACAAAAUCCCUAAACUUCUAAGAGACAAAACUAAAAAGUAGGCCAUCAAAAUUCCUAAGAGGCUCGCUGCUAAUCUUCAUCAAAGUUCAGAAGUUGCAGAGAACUCAAAAGUUAGGUUGGUGCGAAAAUUCAUCUUUCUUAGAUUAUCCGCCUAAUCAAUAUUGUUUUUUGCAACAUCCGCGCGACUGACGGUGGACGGCAGCAAGCGGCGAACGGCAAGGCAACAGGCGGUGUACGGCAGAUUUGUGACGGGCCCAUCUUCUAGUUGGUGGUACCAUAAGGCAAAAACCAAAUGCCUAACAUUUGUUGCUCUAUCUUCCUUACCCUUCACCCUUCCAAUUUCUAGUAAUGUUUUCUGUUGUAAGCUAUGUUGCUCGAAUUCUCCAAAAGUGUUGGUGGGUGCAUGUCGGAUCAUCCAAAAAGAGUGAAAUUUUUGAAGGAUCCACACGGAUGCGGUAGCUAUUUGGAGAGUCCGCCCAACAUAGGUUGUAAGGAUAAAUUUGAGAGUGAUGACAUGGAUAUACAUCGUGAUCAUAUUUUGGGAUGGAUGAAAGAGUUAUGGAACAAACGGAGAGGACAAUUGCAUACAAAAUAUGUGAAGGGUAAGCCAAUCCAAGAGGUUCUUAAGAAUGUGCCCAAGGGGGUAGACAAGAAACAAUGGGAGUGGUUGGUAAAGGAACAUUUUUCUACAGAAAGUUUUCAGGCGAGAAGUAACAGGAAUGCAGCAAAUAUAACUAAGUUGAAGAUGCUUCAUCAUAUUGGUAGCAAGCCAAUUAGAGAGAUUAUUUAUCAAAAGAUAUUAUCAUCAAAUAUAUUUUUGCUUAAUAUUGACGAGACAUUAUUUGACAUAUUUACUUUUAUGUAAAGGACGGAAAAGAUGACUAACCACCAGAUUUGGCAACUAUUUUCUUUGAGACUCGCAAGAAGAAUAACACACUUGUCGAUGCUGAAACAAUCGAGAAACAUGUGCAUUUGGUUAAUUGAACAUGUUCUUUACUUUUAGUUAUUAUGGAAUCUGACAAAAAAUUUUCUAUAUACU